GUCACGAGAGGUCGAGUAAAUAUGUAGAAAACUUGCCAGUCACACCGGGGGCGGAAUUGGAAAUGUUGGCGGGAAACACACCAGUGUCGGACGCCGUAGGCUUCAAUGUGAAAGACUCGAGAAUUCGGUACAUCAGACCAGGUGUGGACCCGAGUUUUAAGCCACGAUGGCGGUUCAGGACGAAGUACGUGGUGACUUUCGGUGUUCUGCUGGUCUCUGUGGUCGCUGUGGCCGUUGUGGUGCCGUUAGACUUAGAGCUGGCCACACACAUGGACAGAGCACAUAGACUCAUGGCAGAAGUACCGCUAGUAGACGGACAUAAUGACUGGCCGUGGGUGAUCUACCAGAAUGUCCAGAACAGACUGAGUCAGGUGAACUUGGCGCAGGACUUGAGGCCGCUGUUCAAGUCGUGGUUAAACGUCUCCCACACGGACAUUCCCAGACUGCGCCAGGGCAAGGUGGGCGGACAGUUUUGGGUGGCGUUUCCCCACUGUGACUCUCAGUUCAAAGACGCGGUCCGCUGGACACUGGCGCAGAUUGACGUCAUCAAACGGUUCGUGGAGAAGUACCCGGAUGUGUUCCAGCUCGUCACAACUUCCGAGGGAAUAUGGGAAGCCUUUCGAGCUGGGAAAAUCGGAAGUUUGAUCGGAGUGGAGGGCGGGCACGGCCUCGGCAGUAGUCUGGCCUCCCUCCGCAUGUUCUACGACCUCGGUGCCCGGUACCUCACCCUCACACAGGCCUGUAACACACCGUGGGCCGACAGCUCUCUAGAAACAGGAAAAGCUAACCCAGAAAAUAACGGACUCACUGUCUUUGGAAAGCUGGUCGUGAAGGAGGUAAACCGACUGGGUAUGUUGGUGGACCUGUCUCACGUGUCCUUUAAGACCAUGCACGACGCGCUGGACGUGACGCAGGCUCCCGUCAUCUUCAGUCACUCCUCGGCCUACGCGCUCUGCAACCACACCAGGAACGUGCCGGACGACGUGCUCAGGAGAAUGAAAGACAACAAGGGCGUUGUAAUGGUUAACUUCUACAACCCCUACAUAAACUGUGGUCCAAACAAGACUCCUGUCACCAACAUCAGCCACGUGGCAGACCACUGUGACUACAUACGGGAUGUGGCAGGAGAAGACCACGUGGGGAUAGGAGCUGACUAUGACGGAGUUAACGAAGUACCAGAGGGCCUCGAGGACGUCUCCAAGUAUCCCAACUUGAUUGAGGAGCUGAUUGUUCGUGGCUGGACGGACGAUCAGAUUAAGAAACUGCUGGGACUGAACAUCAUGCGUGUCAUGGACGAAGCUGCUGAGGUCGGUCAGACGCUGCGUAGAUCCAUGGAGCCACUGGAUGACAUCAUUCCUGAGCAGGACGUGGCCAACCAGACGUGCAGAACUGUCCGCACCUGAUCAGGAUGUCUGGUCCAUCCAGAACCGUGCUUCAUCCAGAACAACGGUUCUGGAUAUAGUUCACGCAUAUCCAGAACCGUGCCUGAGCUCAACUCUGCGUUUGUGGAUACGAGGAGACUAAUAGUAUAUCCAGAACUGUGCCUACCUAGUUCUAUGCCUGAAUGGGCUAUUGUAGUUUAUAUUUGUCGCUUUGUUGCAUACAUCAACAUAUUAACAUGCUGGCAUUUUCUAAACAAAACAUAUGUACAUGUAUAUCAUACUGAGUAACAUUAUAAAAAAGUGAUACAUAACAUUGUAUUUAGUGACAUUUGAUCUGAUCUUGGUUGGACCGACUGAUCAUGGAUAACCUUUGAGCUGACCUGGAACUGACUAGUGACCUCACCUUGGAAACACUCGUGGGUGACCUUUGACCUGACCUUGGGUUGGUCUGACGGAUGGAUAAAGUUUGACCUGAACUAGUGUUGGUCUGACUGAUAAGUAACCUUUGACCUGACUUCGGGUUGAACUGACUAAUGGCUAACCCUUGACCUGAACUAGUGUUGGACGGAUUGAUGGCUAACCCUUAACAUGAACUUGUCUUGGACGGACUGAUAGGUAACCUUUGACCUGACCUAGUGUUGGACGGAUUGAUGGCUAACCCUUGACCUGACCUAGUGUUGGACUACUGAUGGCUAAACUUUGACCUGAACUUGUGUUGGACGGACUGAUGGCUAACCGUUGACCUGAAUUAGUGUUGGACGGAUUGAUGGCUAACCCUUGACCUGAACCUGUGUGGGACGGAUUGAUGGGUAACCUUUGACCUGAACUAGUGUUGGAAGGAUUGAUGGCUAACCCUUGACCUGAACUAGUGUUGGACGGACUGAUGGCUAACCCUUGACCUGAACUAGUGUUGGACGGAUUGAUGGCUAACCCUCGACCUGAACUUGUGUGGGACGGACUGAUGGGUAACCUUUGACCUGAACUAGUGUUGGACGGAUUGAUGGCUAACCCUUGACCUGAACUUGUGUUGGACUGACUGAUAAGUAACCUUUGAUCUGACUUAGGGUUGAACUGACUAAUGGCUAACCUUUGACCUGAACUUGUGCUGGACGGAUUGAUGGCUAACCCUUGACCUGAACUUGUGUUGGACGGACUGAUGGCUAACCUUUGACCUGAUCUAGUGUUGGAGGGAUUGAUGGCUAACCCUUGACCUGAACUUGUGUUGGACUGACUGAUGGCUAACCUUUGACCUGAUCUAGUGUUGGACGUACUGAUGGCUAACCUUUGACCUGAACUUGUGUUGGACGGACUGAUGGCUAACCGUUGACCUGAAUUAGUGUUGGACGGAUUGAUGGCUAACCCUUGACCUGAACUUGUGUUGACCGGACUGAUGGCUAACCUUUGACCUGAACUUGUGUUGGACGGACUGAUGGCUAACCGUUGACCUGAAUUAGUGUUGGACGGAUUGAUGGCUAACCCUUGACCUGAACUAGUGUUGGACGGAUUGAUGGCUAACCCUUGACCUGACCUAGUGUUUGACGGACUGAUGGCUAACCUUUGACUUAACAUAGGAUUUGACUAACUCGUAGCUAACCUUGAUUUUAAUGGGCUGAUUGCUAACUUUCAUUUAUAGACUGUGAUAAAGUGGGGCGGGGCAAGUAGAAGGUUGGUUAAGAAUGAACUAACAUUAAUCCAAAAUCCUUUGUGGGAAGAUUUGGACAGAACUGCCGUUUCCUAAACUACUGUCUAGAGGUCCAUCAAUUAAUGAAACCGGGAGCCACAAUUUCAAGUCACAGUUAGACCAUUGUAUUGUUCACCGAUAUCAAUGAUAAUAAUACAACAUUCAGAACUAUCAGUUAUCAAUUGGCAAGAUUGUCAACACACAAAAUACUUCCCUACAACA